AUGGCUACCGACCUGGAAUCCCACAAGGAACCCUCAGUGGAGGAUCACGAGCUCCAAAUCGCGAAAACAGAGCAGUCAAAUUCCAUGGCAUCCCAAUACGAGUCGUGCAUUGCUUUAUUCACCCCUGCGGAGCAGAAAAGCAUCAUACGCCGCAUUGACUGUCGCCUUGUCUCGACUCUGGGCUUCCUCUACGCUGUGUCUCUUAUGGACCGCAACAAUACCGGAAUUGCAAUGAUUGCUGGUAUGUCAGUCGACUUGGAGAUGAUCGGAAACCGGUACUCUCUAGUAGUGCUGCUUUUUUUUGUUCCGUAUGUCCUGUUUCAACCGCCUGUUACGGUUCUUCUUCGCAAAAUUGGCCCGAAACCGUUUCUUGCAGCAACUACGCUCGUAUGGGGAUUAGCCACAAUAGCAUCGGGCUUUGUGAAGUCUUGGUCCGACUUGAUUCCCUUGCGGCUUAUCCUAGGGUUCCACGACGUUACAGGCACGCUGCUUAUCCUUCGCUAUCACCCAGGCUGCGCAUACCUGUUGAGUUGCUGGUAUCCUCGUUACGAUUUGCAAAAGCGAAAUGCCGUCUUUUACAUGAUCGGAACAACUCUAUCGGCCUUCAGCGGCAUACUGGCGCUUGGGUUCUCACAGUUGGAAGGUCGUGGGGCUGGGCCACAGUGGUGGGGACGAGUCCAGGCCGUGGUAGGUGGUGGUAAUUCGAAGGGAGACGGUAUAUCUGGAUGGCGGUGGAUUUUCAUCCUACAAGGCACCCUGACUUGUAUCAUUGCCUUCGCCGCGUACAUCCUAGUGUUGGGAUUCCCGGACGUGAAAGAAACCACUUGCGGUUUUCAUCUCAGCAACCGGGAGGCGGCUUUCGUCGUGGCGAGGAUCGAGUUCAAUUUCCGCGAAUACUUAUCCCACGCAUUGGACAUCAAAAUAUGGGGCUUUGCGGCUCUUUUUGGACUUACAACGGUCAACACCUAUGCUAUUGCUUACUUUCUUCCUCUUAUCCUGCGGAAUGGAAUGGGCUUUAGUGUUGCCGCAUCGCAGUGCCUCGUUGCACCACCUUACGUCGCCGCUGGACUGACGAUGUUUUUGUUUGCUUAUCUAAGUGAUAAAUAUCGCGUCAGGUCUCCAUUCAUUCUUUUCAAUGGCUGUCUUCUGCUUAUAGGUGAGCGCAGCUCUGUGGGCCCUGAGUCCUUUAACAUCUCGCUGAACGAACCAGGCCUGCCACUUCUCGGCUUUGUGGAGAAUACAGGUGUUCGCUACUUAGGUGCAUUUAUUACUACUACAGCAUGUAAUGCGAACGUGCCUUGCAUCUUGACGUGGCAGGCAAACAACAUUCGAGGUCAGUGGAAGCGAGCCUUCUGCUCCGCCACACUUGUUGGAACCGGUGGCAUCGGAGGCAUCGUUGGAACUACAGUGUUUCGCAGUCAAGACUCACCAACAUACCGACCGGGGAUGUACGCUACCAUUGCUGCGAGUGCUCUCAUCAUCAUCAUCACGCUACUGCUGGAUUGGAAGCUGAGCAGGGCCAACAAGCGCGCCGCAAGUGGCGGUAGACCCGUCGCAGCCUUGGAUGGAUUUCGGUAUACACUCUAG